GGCACCGGCGAAGGGGCGGGGAUGUGGCAGGCGCACGCGCGGGGCGCCUGAUACUGGGGAGGCGUGCGAACCGCCCAGCUGGAGACCUCCUGGAGCGACAUCAUCCUGGAAAAAAACCUGCAGGACCUCAAAACUCAGCCUGGGGCAUCUUUACUUACUGCGUGCUUUCGACGCAUUUCCGAGGAGACCUGCCUGCAUGAGCGGGACCCAUGGUCCCCUCCCCGAGUCCUCCUGACCGCCGGGGACCGCUCAUAAUCAGGCCUAGCCAUUCACCUUCCCUUCAGAAUCGUCCUGGCCCUGGGGCAGGCCUUAACACAUCUGAGCGGGGCUGCACCUGACUAGUUGUGGACAGCUUGUGUGCGGUGUAUGUGUCCUGAUGGUGGGCAUACCUGUCUGCUCGUGCCCCAGGGUGCAGGCUGCUGUUCUAGUUCUCAGCGCUCAGGUUCCCCGGGCUCCAGUUCAGGCACCGGUCCCUGUACAGGCUCCACUCCCACCCCCACCACACCUUGAACAUGGCAGUGAGGGCAGAAGUGCAGCCCCUACAGGGCCAAUUGGCGAAAAUAAGUAAAGGCAGUAGAUAUGUUGGGAACAAUUCGGUAUGUGGGCAUGCGUGGCCACAGCAUGUGGAUGAAUUCGGUGCAGAUCUCUACUUGUGUGUGUUGGUGGACAUGGGUACCAGUCAGAUCACCUGUGCUCGUGUUUCAGGUGGACAUACAUGACGACUCUGCAUACGUUUCUGUAUCUCCGCGUGUACCUUUGCUCAUUCUGUGAGACAUCCUCCAGCAGCCCACAUACACCUGGGGAGAGUGCUCAGACUUGGCAGAGCAAGCGAAACUCAGUGGGUAGCCUCUGGACAGGGCAGCCCCCAGCCCACCCUAGCACUUCUCAGCGGGGUCCUGGAACAAACACAUCCCUCCUGCCUCCUGCAGCCUCCUUGGAGCUUCUCUCUCCUCCCCAUUCCCAGCCAACCCCCUUUUGGUGCCACAUCCUGAGCACUGAGUCAGAUUCUGGGGCUACAGAGGGAAGGGGAGAGACCCUGGCUGUCUUCCUGGAGUUCACAUUGUGGUGGGGGUUAAGAGAGGGUCUAGGGAAGCAAGUGCCCAUUGGAGGAGAGAUCUCUGGAUAGGUGUGGAGAAUGCGUAAAUAAAGGAGUGAGUCGGUAAUCUGAGGUAGGAGAACGAAGGCAAGUGGUUGCAAGGCAUCGGUCUGGCCUUUGACCUGGGCUCCGGUGGACAGAAGAUCCCAGGAGCAGGUAGGAUACUCCCCUCCUACCCCUUCCUUCCCCGCGCGAAAGAUCGCAUCUUUAUUUCCCUGCCUCAGAAGCCCCUUCAGACGUCUGGAUCCCGUGACAGGUGCACAGAAUCACUGUUUCUCGAAGCCAUGCCCAGGUGCGUAAGGUCGUCCCUUACCCUGGCAGACACCCUUUGCAUACGCAGACCUGCGCGCCGCCGACACACCUCGGAGCUCCCGGAGCGCGCCCAGCACUCAGGGCUCAGAGGCAGGUGCCUCGCCGCGCAGACUCGCCGGGCGCGGGGACCGGCUCGGGCGCGGGGCCGGCUGGGGCGGGGCAGCGGCGCGCGUUCCCCGCCGGCCACACGGGCCGCCUUGCGCCCGGCGAGGGGCGUGUGCACGGGCCCGGGAUCCUUGGGCCUCAUGUUCACGGAGCUAAGGACCAAGCUGAGCCCCCCGCGAGGCCGCGCCGGGGCUGUGCGCGCCGGCUUCGGGGAGCGCCGGGAUGUGGACGCCACAGCACACUUCAGCUUCUGCCGAACCCUCCUGGAUCACACAGUGUCCACUGAGAGCAUCCCUUGUCACCUGCCUCGGACGCCAGGCACCAGCCUCACGUGGCACGACUCCCGUAGCCAGAGGGCCGCUGGCGGCCGGCCAGUCAAGCUCCUGCAGCAGCCUGGCACAGAGGCCCCCCAGGGCCGGCUAUACUCCGACCACUAUGGUCUGUACCACACAAGUCCCUCACUGGGUGGCCUGACGAGGCCUGUGGUUCUGUGGAGUCAGCAGGACGUCUGCAAGUGGCUCAAGAAGCACUGUCCCCACAACUACCUCGUCUACGUGGAGGCCUUCUCCCAGCACGCCAUCACAGGCCGGGCGCUGCUGAGGCUGAAUGGGGAGAAACUGCAGCGGAUGGGGCUGGCACAGGAGGCGCAGCGGCAGGAGGUGCUGCAGCAGGUGCUGCGCCUGCAGGUGCGCGAGGAGGGGCGGAGCCUGCAGCUGCUGAGCCAAGGUCAGUGGGAGGAGCCAGGGGGGCCUGAGAGUCUUGGGGGCGUGGGGGGGGGGCAGGGGGAGAGGCUGGGCCAUGGGGCCAAGAGGAGGUUCUACACCCUCACCCAGCAUCUAGAGGACAGGCGGAAUAAGCUGUGGAAGCUCCCUCUGGCGAGUGCCCUCCCCUGCCCCACCCAGAUAAUCAGCAGCAGCCGCAUCCCCAGGCACACCAUGCCAAGGAGCCCUGAAAAUCUCAGGGAUUGA